AUGUCGAUCCCAAUUUUUAGAGUCUGUAUCGUGGAAAAGCGACCGAUUACUCCUGAUGUGAGCCGUCCAAAUGACCAGAAUACUCCGCGCACCCUUGAAGACUUUUCAUAUGUGGAUAGUCAGAGUACUCUGAGAGAUCUGGGUGACGUGAAUACUCCUCGAAAUUUUAGCGAAGCGAUGCCCCUUGAUGAGCAGGUGACCCCAAAAGCUUCAGAUAAUUCCCUGGUUCCGCUUUACGAGAAGAUAAUCAUUGGUUUUUUUUUCUACGUCGAUCGCACGAGCCACGGACGUCAUGACGCUAUCUAUCCCGUUGACAAAGAUCUUCAGUUCUCAGAAAAGCAGGCAAACCAUGGACUGUACUGUCAUGUCAAGGAGAAUUACUUGCCUGGUGCGGAACUUGAAAACCCUAGGCCUAUGAGCAUGCAACAGGGCCCUGAAACGACAAUCGAAUACAUAACUGAGAGGAUUGGUCAUAUCGUUGAGUUUGCAACCGGAAUGUUUUUCAGCCACAUUAACGACGUCAUCAAGAGGCACAAAGCAAAAGGCACGCUUAUCAACUCGCCAGAAAAUCUUCAGAAUCUGUCCAACGAGAUGCUGGAAGUAGACAACCCACGUCAAAUGUUUUUAGGUAAAACUAAUCAAUUCUACUUGGAUAAGAGUGCGUGGACGGAGGCUUAA